CCGCUCCAGCCUGCAUUUUCCACCCCCUUUCCUGGCCCCGGGAGGGGGCCGCGCCGCCGAGCUGGGGGAGGAGCUCCCUGAGGGCGCCCCGCCCCUCCCCGGGACCCCGGAGCUGUCUGCGGGCCCGCCCCCGCCCCCGCCCCACAGCGGCCGGCCAGCGGGGAGCGAGGGUCGCCGGGCCGAGAGGCACCUGGGCGCCCCGGAGCCAGCCCGCCGCCGCAGCCUCGUCCGCGCGCGGCCCGGCCAUGUCCUGGGCCCUGCUCCUCGGGCUCCUGGGCGCGCUGCUGCUGCUGCUGCUGCUGAGCCGCCGGCGCACGCGGCGACCUGGCGAGCCUCCCCUGGACCUGGGCAGUAUCCCCUGGUUGGGCCAUGCCUUGGAGUUUGGAAAAGAUGCUGCCAGCUUCCUCACGAGGAUGAAAAAGAAGCAUGGUGACAUCUUUACUGUGCUGGUGGGGGGCAGGUAUGUCACCGUGCUCCUGGACCCGCACUCCUAUGACGCGGUGGUGUGGGAGCCUCGCACCAAGCUGGACUUCCAUACGUAUGCUGUCUUCCUCAUGGAGAGGAUUUUCGAUGUGCAGCUCCCACAUUACAGCCCCGGUGAUGAAAAGGCCAAGAUGAAACCGACCCUCCACAGGGACCUCCAAGCCCUCACGGACGCCAUGUAUACCAACCUCCUCACCGUCCUGCUGGGCGACACCACAGAAGAGGCCGGUGGCUGGCGUGAGAUGGGUCUCCUCGAUUUCUCCUACAGCUGCCUGCUCAGAGCUGGCUACCUGACUCUGUACGGAGUCGAGGCUCUGCCACGUACCCAGAAGAGCCAGGCCCAGGACCGCGCCCACUCAGCCGAUGUCUUCCACACCUUCCGCCAGCUCGACCUGCUGCUCCCCAAACUGGCACGUGGCUCCCUGUCAGUGGGGGAUAAGGACCGCGCGUGCCAAGUCAAACAUCGCCUGUGGAAGCUGUUGUCCCCGGCCCGGCUGGCUACCCGGGCCCACCGGAGCCGCUGGCUGGAGAGUUACCUGCUGCACCUGGAGGAGACAGGCGUGGCGGAGGCCAUGCAGGCCCGGGCCAUGGUGCUGCAGCUCUGGGCCACACAGGGGAAUAUGGGUCCUGCUGCCUUCUGGCUUCUGCUCUUCCUCCUCAAGAAUCCUGAGGCCCUGGCGGCUGUCCGUGGAGAGCUCGAACAGCUCCUCUCCAGAGCUGAGCAGCCCAUUUCACAGAUGACCACCCUCCCCCAGAAGGUUUUGGACACCAUGCCUGUGCUCGAUAGCGUGCUGAGUGAGAGCCUCAGGCUCACCGCUGCGCCCUUCAUUACCCGGGAGGUUGUGGUGGACCUGGCCCUGCCCAUGGCAGAUGGGCGGGAAUUCAGCCUGCGACGUGGAGACCGCCUCCUCCUCUUUCCCUUCCUGAGUCCCCAGAAAGACCCGGAUAUCUACACAGACCCAGAGGUAUUUAAAUAUAACCGAUUCCUGAACUCUGAUGGGUCAGAGAAGAAAGACUUUUACAAGGAUGGGAAACGACUGAAAAGUUAUAGCCUGCCGUGGGGAGCUGGACACAACCAGUGCGUGGGGAAGGCUUAUGCCAUUAACAGCAUCAAACAAUUCGUGUUCCUUGUGCUGGGGCACUUUGAACUGGAGCUGAUCAACCCAGACGUGGAGAUCCCCGAGUUCGACCUCAGCAGGUACGGCUUCGGGUUGAUGCAGCCGGAACACGACGUGCCCGUCCGUUACCGCGUCCGGCCAUGAGCUCUGGGAGCAGACGGGGCUCUGCACACGUGCCUCCACCCAGCCUGCCCCCCAUCACCCAAUUUCCUGUGUCUAUGUUUGCCCUGGGUGCAGGAGCUUUGACUGCCCAACAGGGCAAGCAUGACCACUUUGCUGAUUUUUUUUUUUUUCCCAGAAGGCUGUGUCUGGGGAGGGAAAUGAAAGCAAGCUGACAGGAGGAGGAUGGAAACGGACACAAAGCUC